CCGGCCUCCUUCCACAGCGCCGACAAACUUUCUUUCCCUCAAGGAAGGAGGAAAGAGAAGCCAAACAAAGUCUGGAUAGACUAUUUUUUUUACUCACACACACCAAGUGGUGUUAGAAAGCGAAACGGAAAACGGAAAGACGCUUGAAUUCUUUUACUUUAAAAAAAAACCAAAAACCGCCAUUUGGAUUCUUCGAGAAGAGAAAAACGUGACCACAAAAAGACGCUAUUUUUUCUUGUUUCUUUUAUUUUGAGACGUGACCAAGCAGCUUUGUGAGAAGAGGAAGUUCGCCCAUCACUUAAAAACAUUUUUUUUUUAAAAGAAAAGUAGAGACGAGCUAACAACAAAAGAAGACUUACCGUCAUGGAUUCUGGAAAGAAAAUUACCUUCCCCUUGAUGUUGUGCGUGGGGGCCGCCGUCAUCGGCUCCCUGCAGUUCGGGUACAACACAGGCGUCAUCAAUGCUCCUCAAAAGAUCAUUGAGAAGUUCAUCAACGACACGUGGGUGGAGCGCUACAACCAGCCCAUCAGCGAUGGCACCCUCAAAGCCGUCUGGUCCACCGCCGUCUCCAUCUUCUCCGUCGGCGGCAUCUUCGGCUCCUUCUCCGUCGGGUUCUUCGUCAACCGCUAUGGAAGGAGGAACGCCAUGCUCGUGGCCAACGUCCUGGCCCUCCUCUCCUCCGCUCUGAUGGGUUUUUCCAAGAUGGCGUCCUCAUUCGAAAUGCUCAUCAUCGGCCGCUUCGUGGUGGGCUUCUACUCCGGCCUCUCCACCGGCUUCGUGCCCAUGUACGUGGGCGAGGUAUCGCCCACGGCCCUGCGAGGGGCUCUGGGAACCCUCCACCAGCUGGGCAUCGUCGUGGGCAUCCUCAUAGCGCAGGUGUUUGGAAUGGACGUCAUCAUGGGCAACACUGACCUGUGGCCGCUCCUCCUGGGCUUGAUCUUCGUGCCCUCGGUGGUUCAGUGCGUCCUGCUGCCGUUCUGCCCGGAGAGCCCGCGCUUCCUGCUCAUCAACAAGAACGAAGAGAACAAAGCCAAGACCGUGCUGAAGAAGCUGAGGGGCACCAACGACGUGAGUGCCGACAUGCAGGAGAUGAAGGAGGAGAGCCGGCAGAUGAUGAGGGAGAAGAAGGUCACCAUCCCGGAGCUUUUCCGCUCGCCCAUCUACCGCCAACCGCUCCUGGUCGCCGUCGUGCUGCAGCUUUCCCAGCAGCUGUCGGGCAUCAACGCCGUCUUCUACUACUCCACCAGCAUCUUUGAGAAGGCCGGAGUCGCGCAGCCGGUCUACGCCACCAUCGGCGCUGGUGUUGUCAACACGGCUUUCACUGUGGUGUCGCUGUUCGUGGUGGAGCGUGCAGGCCGCAGGUCCCUCCACCUGCUGGGCCUGCUGGGGAUGGCGGGCUCCGCCCUCCUGAUGACCAUCGCCUUGGCUCUGCUGGACCAACUCAAGUGGAUGUCCUACCUGAGCAUCGUGGCCAUCUUCGCCUUCGUGGCCUUCUUUGAGAUCGGCCCGGGUCCCAUCCCCUGGUUCAUCGUGGCAGAGUUGUUCUCCCAGGGGCCGCGGCCCUCCGCCUUCGCCGUGGCCGGCUUCUCCAACUGGACCGCCAACUUCAUCGUGGGAAUGGGCUUCCAGUACCUGGAGGCGGCGUGCGGCGCGUACGUCUUCGUCAUCUUCAUCGCCCUGCUGCUCUUCUUCUUCUUCUUCACCUACUUCAAGGUCCCGGAGACCAAGGGCCGGACUUUCGACGAGAUCGCCUCCGGCUUCCGCCAGAGCGCCGUGGCGGGCGGCGAGAAGCACUCGCCCGAGGAGCUCAACAGCCUGGGCGCCGACUCCCAGCUCUGAGGAGUCGGCCGCACGGCGAACUCUUUUUUGUCGCUCGCGGCCGGGAGGCGCGAGGGGGGGUCUGCUCUCUCUCCACGUAGACCCCGAGUCCCACCUGUGGGUGCGCGUCCUAGACCUAGACGCGUCCCCGACUAGAAUCUUUCUCACACUGUCGUCACAUUUUUUGCUUUGUGAGCGUCCGACUCUGACGUCCUUGACACUGGGCGUGGCCUGGGAAAUGUGACGGAAGGUUUUUCAUGUUUCAAAGAUCUCUUCCAGACUUUUGAGAGAAGAUUAAGGAGUGCCAGUGCACCCGCUUUUUUAUAGAUCUCCUUUUAUCACUGACUAUAAAUGUUGUUUGUUAGCACGGCACUGUAGACUUUGGCACUGCUGCACUGCCUCCUUGCUCCACCAGAGGGCGCACUUGUCCUGCCAAUACUCGCUUCUUAGAUAUUUAUAUUUCACCUUCUCAACAAUUAUUUUCAAGUGGAGGCAAUGUUGGGGUCACACUGGAAAAAAUACAUUUUACAAGAAAAAAUAUGUGAUUUUAGGACAAAAAGAUCAAUAUUUUACACGAGUAAAGAAUACAAAACAACUUUAAUGAAUGGAAUUGACUUGGAUAAAGUUGUAAUUUUGCAACAAAAAAAAGUGAAACAACAAUAAGUUUAGAAAGAUGAAAUUGAGUGGGAAAAAAAUCGACGCAUUUUACAAGAAUAGUCCGAAUAUUGUGAAGAAAAGUUUGUUUUGUGAGGGACAAAAGAAGAAAUGUUUGGAAACCAAAGUGAAAAGAUUGCGACUGGAGAAAGUUACAUGAGGGGAAUAAAUGUGAUUUUACAAGAACAAAUUUGAGUGGAAUUCGACAAAUAGUUUAAUUAUUAAAUUUACUAUUAAAUAUUUUGAAUUUUAAUUUAAAAUGUAUUUAAAUAUAUUAUUAAAUAUUUAAAUUUUGUAAGGGGAAAUGUGAAAAGAUUGCGACGGUUUUUUUUAUGAGGGAGAAGAAAUGUGAUUUUACGAGAACAAAUUUUAGUGGAAUUCUAAAAAUAUUUUAAUUAUUAAAUUUACUAUAAAAUAUUUUUAAUUUUAAUUUAUUAAAUUUGAAUCAAAUUUAAAAAAAAUAUUAAAUAUUUUAAUUUUGUGAGGGACAAAAGGCAAAAUGUGAAAAGAUUGCGACUGUUUUUUUUAUGAGGGGGAAGAAAUUUGAUUUUACGAGAACAAAUUUUAGUGGAAUUUUACAAAUUUUUUAAGUAUUAAAUAUUUUUAAUUUAAAUGUAUUACUUUUAAAAUUAAAUAUAUAAUAAAAACAUUUUAAUAUAAAUAAUUAAAUAUUUAAAUUUUGUGAGAGACAAAAGGCGAAAUGUUUGGAAACCAAAGUGAAAAGAUUGCGACUGGAUUUUUUUUUUUUUUUUACGAGGGAGAAAAAAUUAGAUUUUACGAGAACAUAUUUUAGUGAGAUUUUACAAAUAUUUUAAUUAUUAAAUGUAGUAUAAAAUAUGUUAAUUUAAAUGUAUUAAAUUUAUAUUUAAAAUUAAAUUACAUUUAAAUACAUUGUAAAAUACUUUAAAUAGAAUUUUACAAAUAUUUGACAAGGAAAACGAUGAGCUCUAAGAUUGCAUUAAAUUUAAAAGUCAUUUUGAAGUCGAUUUUAAGUAUAAAAAAAAAAAAAAAAAAAAAGGCAUAUCUGAGAAUAAUAUUAUAAUACUCUUAAAAAUGUAACAUUUUUCCUUGUGGCCCUGACACUUGACUCCCAGUUGUUACACUUUUUUAGUUAAUAUCGCACUCAAAAGGUCAAAAUCGUACAUUUAUUUCAGUGUUUUUGGGGGGAGGGAGUGGACUAUGGACCAAAGUGAAAGUGAAAGUGGACUUGUCACCCCGAACGCAGUCUUACUUCUGCUGUAUCUCAACAAUCUACUUUUUAGCUGCACUUUAUUCUUAUUCGGAGGAUUUUGUCCGGGGAAACCGCUCGACUGCUGUUUGUGUCGUUUUGCAUAUUUUUAUUCUAGUUUGGCAGGACGGGGGUGUCCAACUAGUGGCUCAUUUUUUGAACAGCACAUUUAAAAAAAAACUUUUAGGAAAUGUAAUGUGCGACGAGAAAAAGUCAAAAUGUCGACACUCACAACACAAGUUUUUUUUUUUUUUUUUAGUUUUUUUUUAAACAGUUUUGAAAGUGAAAAAUGUCAAAAUGGUCAGUUUGGACGCCCCUGCCCUAGGACAUUCCAUCGUCAAUAUUUGCACGUAUUGAUCGCCACGAGUGACCUUCACACGCCCUCGCCAGUAUGCCCUCACCAAGAUGGCCGCCUUCCGCUCUGAAUUUCAAUAACAAACAUGUUUUUUCUUCAAAGGAGAGGGUUUUUUUUAAUGAAGUGAUAGAAAACACGCGAGGGAAGGGAUUCAUACGGCCCCGUUCCUGGCUGGAUCUCGCGCGAGAGGACGAGUUUGUCCUUUUUGCAAUGCAGGCUGCUGAAAAUGACGGAAAGCGCCACUCCACAUAGCUAAAUGUGGUCACAUGUUAAGAUACUCAACACUAUGCUGUAGUCUGGCGGCUAAAUCGGACAAUGCACUUCCCCGGUUUGUCACGUUUCAUGUGUCGGGUAAACCGUGACGAAAGGGGCCACAUGAAUCCCAUUUCCUGCUGAUUGGAGUAUUUACGUUACACACUGUUUAUGAAAUGUUGUUUUGAAACACACUAUGGAAUUAAACAAACACAAAAUAGUCGAACUGAUUAACGUGUUGUAGAAAAUAUUUGACUGCAAAAGGACUGUACUUUUUUUUUUUUUUUUAAUGAGGCAUUUGGACUUUUUUAACCAAUCAUCAGUUGAUACCAACAAGGUGUUCUCCUUUUAGGGCACAACACAUUGUAGUGUUUUCACACACACACAAAUAAAAGAAUACAAUUCAA